AUGCCCAAGACGGGAGACGUCCCGUUCACGCACGCGGAUAUUAGCGCGGCGAAAAAGGAUCUUGGAUAUAACCCGUCCAUCAGCCUGGACGAGGGACUGGACAGCUUCGUGCGCUGGUACUCAAAGUAUUACGCCGGAGGUGCGCACGCCGAGGACACAAACUACGUGCCGAUGUGA